GGCUUUCUUUCUUAUCGUCAAAGUAAAGAAACAGUCUACUUCAUCCAGCAACCGUUCCGGUGCCGGCAGUUAGGAUAUCAUCCUAACCAAGUUGGGAAAUAUUAACAGUCCAGGAUCAGCAAGCGAAAGGCGAGCAGCAUCCGAUGUCCGACCGGCGUGCCUGAACCAACGACACCUCCGCACCACAGACGACAAUUAGUCAUUUGCUUUAACUAGGGGCUUCAUCACCGCCGGAAUAAUGAGUUGAUACCGUGCCAUUGGGUUGGUGGCGUGUUCACACCCCAUUGAUACUUAAACCACGCAUUCUCGGGAUGACACAUCGGUAUCUCAUGUUUGAAAUACUCUGAUAACAACAUCCGGGCUUCGAGUUUUCGGGUAGAGAACACCAAACUUAUACAUUCGAUAUGGCGGAUUCCAGGGAAAAGGCAACCGUCAUCGUUGUUGGCGGUGGGGGCACUAUCGGCUCAUCAACAGCGCUGCAUCUCGUCCGCGCAGGAUACACGCCCUCAAACAUCACAGUCUUGGAUACAUAUCCCAUUCCGUCAUCACAGUCAGCUGGUAAUGACCUAAACAAGAUCAUGGGCAUCCGCUUGCGGAACAAGGUGGACUUGCAGUUGAGCUUGGAAGCACGGCAGAUGUGGAAAGAAGACGAGCUAUUCAAAGGUUUUUUCCACAAUACUGGAAGACUCGAUUGCGCUCAUGGCCAGGAAGGCAUCACGGAAUUGAAGGAGGAGUACCAGGCCCUCCUUGAUGCCAACGCUGGUUUGGAAGAGACGAAUGAGUGGCUGGACUCAGAAGACGAGAUUCUAGCGAAGAUGCCACUCCUCGAGCGUGAGCAAAUUAAGGGAUGGAAAGCCGUCUUUAGCAAAGACGGUGGAUGGCUUGCAGCAGCAAAAGCAAUCAACGCGAUAGGCGAGUACUUGCGCGAUCAAGGUGUCAAAUUCGGAUUUGGUGGUGCAGGUUCUUUCAAGCAGCCGCUCCUUGCGGAGGGCAUUUGCAUUGGCGUCGAGACAGUCGAUGGGACGAGGUACUAUGCUAAUAAAGUCGUCCUGGCGGCUGGUGCGUGGAGUCCUACACUGGUGGAUCUCGAGGAUCAGUGCGUUUCAAAAGCUUGGGUUUUCGCGCAUCUGCAGCUUACCCCCGAAGAGGCUGCAGGGUACAAGGAUACCCCCGUGGUGUACAACGGUGAUGUAGGCUUCUUCUUCGAGCCCAAUGAGAAUGGAAUAAUCAAAGUCUGCGAUGAAUUCCCGGGUUUCACUCGCUUCAAGGAACAUCAACCGUACGGGGCCUCAACACCAAAGCGCAUCUCGGUACCCAGAUCACAUGCAAAGCACCCUACCGACACCUACCCGGAUUCGUCAGAAGUCAACAUCCGGAAGGCAGUUGCCACAUUCUUGCCCAGAUUCAAGGAUAAGGAGCUAUUUAACCGAGCAUUGUGCUGGUGUACGGAUACAGCUGAUGCUUCGUUGUUGAUUUGCGAACAUCCGCAGUGGCGUAACUUUGUGCUAGCUACCGGGGAUAGCGGCCACUCAUUCAAGUUGCUGCCAAAUAUCGGCAAGCACGUCGUUGAGCUUAUCGAGGGUACCUUGGCGGAAGACCUGGCGCAGGCUUGGAGGUGGCGGCCGGGUGGCGAUGCGCUGAAGUCAAGGAGAGCAGCACCUGCUAAGGAUCUAGCGGAUAUGCCUGGAUGGCAGCAUGAUGAGGUACCUAGGGCAAGGCUAUAAGUUGUCUGUAUAGAUUUGUAAAAAAAGACAUCGAAGAAUAAGUGUGGAGAAGCUAUAAUAUCAGGAACGGUUUGAGUGAGAAAAGAAGAGAUGUCGUAAAGACCAUGAGGACAAACAUGAGAUGAUUAUAGGAACGUCCAGUUGAUGUUGAGCUAGCCGUUUGAACGCGUUCUGCACGUGUGAGAAAGGUGCUAGGAUGCGGAAGUUAGCCGCGGUCUGUGCUUCCUUAGCGGGCCGCCCAAUGAUAUCAUUUCGGUGGACUGUCGCAAGUGAAAGAGUCAACCAUUGUCGC